AUUUCCUAAUUCUAGCUUUGAUCAUAACAUACUCAAUACAAAGAAAAAAAAAAAAAGAGCCUCAACUCCUCUUCCUACAAAAACGCAGCUACCUCCCCCAAAAAAGAAAAUUUAAACAUGUGUUCUUCCAAAACUAAACUACAAAGCAGUCCACAAUCCCUCUCCCAGAUCAAUGGCCGACCUGUUCUUCAACCACAUAGUAACAUAGUUCCUCUAUAUGAACGCCGAAACUCGCUUAAAAGGACAACCAACACAGCUGCUCAGGUUAAGAAUAAUAACAACAAUGUUGGUACUAAAGUCAAGAAUGGUUCAGCAACAACUCCGCCGGUGUCUCCUAAAAUGAAAUCGCCUAGACUACCAGCUAUCAAGAGAGGGAAUAAUAUCGAUCCUAAUGGCUUGAGUUCGAGUGCUGAGAAAGUUAUGACUCCCAAAGGGACUGCAAAUAAAACUCCAAUUUUGAUAAAGAAGCCUAAGAAAAGCAGUGGGGGUAUAAUAGGUUCACCACCUUCUGUGGAGAAUUCUUCAUUGAAAUAUUCCUCCUCCUUGAUAGUCGAGGCACCGGGAAGCAUAGCAGCAGCAAGAAGGGAGCAAGUUGCAAUCGCGCAGGUGCAGAGGAAAAUGAAAAUUGCCCAUUAUGGAAGAACAAAAUCUGCCAAGUAUGAAGGGAAAGUAUCUUCCCUCGACCCUUCAUUCGCAUCAGUAGUUAGCCCCAAUCCUCGAGAGGAAAAAAGAUGCAGCUUUAUCACGCCUAAUUCUGACCCGCUCUAUAUUGCAUACCAUGAUGAAGAAUGGGGAGUUCCUGUCCAUGACGAUAAUCUGCUCUUUGAGUUGCUGGUGUUAACUGGUGCACAAGUUGGAUCGGAUUGGACUUCAGUUUUAAAGAAAAGGCAAGAAUUCCGGGAUGCCUUUUCAGGAUUUGAUCCAGAGAUUGUUUCCAAGUACAACGAAAAGAAGAUAACAUCAACCAGUGUUGAAUUUGGCAUAGAGCUUAGCCAAGUCCGAGGAGCUGUAGACAACUCUAACAAAAUUUUGGAGAUAAAGAAGACAUUUGGGUCGUUUGACAAGUAUCUGUGGGGAUUUGUGAACAACAAGCCCAUUGCAACACAAUACAAGGCAUGCAACAAAAUCCCAGUGAAGACCUCAAAAUCAGAAACCAUAAGCAAAGACAUGGUGAAAAGAGGGUUACGCUAUGUCGGCCCAACCGUUAUACAUUCCUUCAUGCAGGCAGCCGGCCUCACCAACGACCACCUGAUCACCUGCCCACGACAUCUCCAGUGCGUCGCAUUGGCAACUCAACCACCCCCUGCUCUAUAAUUUACCUAACCAUUUCCCAACUACUCUAUUAAGCCAUAGUUUUUAAGUUAGCAAACAAAAGUUGUUGAGGAAGCCUAGUUGAUUGUCUAACAAUAUUCUACCUUUUUUUUUGAGGGGUGAUUAGUUUAGAUGUUUUAAAUGCUUUGAUUUGAUGAUGUAAGAUAUUGAGUUGGUUAAAUGUAUAGAAAGUAGAAAGGAAUAAAGUAAGGAUGAUAUAGAUAUGGGGGGACAGGAAGCAUGUGCAGGGGUGGUCAGGGGAAUGCCAAGGGCAUGUGCCAUUUGAUUUAAUUUUGUGGGCAAUUGACCACCACCACCAUCAGCAGAAGCCAUCACUGCACCACUAUUUACUUGCGUGCUUUUGAACAGUUAAGAGGCUUAUCUUCCAAGGAUAAGAUCAUCAUCAGCAUCAGCACACAGAGGAGGAGCCUUUGCUUUCCCCCUACUAUAGGCCCUUGAUUCCUGUUGCUGCAGGGAAUAAAUAGUGGAUGAUUUAUUCCCUACAUCAUUCAACUAAAAUGAUGCCACGUGCAGCACCCUUAACACAAAAGAAAAAAAAAAAAGUAUAGGGGUAUUAGUUUGGUUAUGUUUGUUGUCCCAUCGUGACAUGUUUGCUGGAAUCUAACUUGACAGAGAGGCAAGCACAAAGUGCCUUGCAGUUUGUAUCAUAUGUUUUAGUGUGGAAUUUUGAGUGUCUUUGCUUUGGCAUUUGCCUUUUUCUCGCCUUUUUUUUUUUUUUCUUAUGGGGAUUGUAAUACUUUUAUGGAUUUUAACGGUUAUCUAGAUAUUUAUGGAUACCCUUUUCUGGAUUCUGUUCAA